AUGGCCACAGAGCGCAGUAGACUGACUGUUGUGGGAAAUGAUGCUUUUGCCAACGAUGAUUUUUCGAAGCUCAUUGCAAAACUGUCUGGACGGUUUGCCAUAGCCUAUCUGCCAGAUAUUGCUGCAUGUCUUGCGCGCACUCGUCGCGAGAAGGAAUACGAGCCGACAGUGAGCGAUUGCGAUUGGUUCCUCUUCUCCGAUUUCACCGACUGCACUGAUCUGCACUGCCUUGUUUCCCUGCUCCCUCGCGCUCGAAUAAUGGGAUACCCGGCUUUUGUAACUUGCAUGCUUUCACAAGAGAAGUGGGUGAAACCACGUCCCGUAUUCAAUUUUUCCAUGAUGGGCGCGGUUGUCUGUAUAACCGGCUACCGUGACAGAGAAACUGUGAAUCGUCUUGCCACCAUGGUCAACUGGAUGGGUGGAAGCGUACAACGCUCACUGAAUGUGAGUACAACCACGCAUCUAGUGGCCUAUCGCUGUGCAGGAGAGAAAGUCCGCGCUGCUGCACUUGCUCCACGACGAAUUACUACUGUCAAGGCCUCUUGGAUCGAUAAUGCAUGGGCUAGGCGGAUUGAACAGCCGACUUUGAACGCCACAGAUCCAGAGUUCGUGGAAGCGCACCGAGCGAAGGUAUUCUCCGAGACAUGUUUGGCAUUCGUCGGUUUCGUUCCCGGCAGUGAGGAGUUGUUGGAGCUGUGUAGGCUGGUGGUUGAACAUGAUGGGCUGGUUACGGAGGAUCUCAAUGACCAGCGUCUAACGCAUGUUGUUGUCACGGACAAUUGGCCUGGGUAUGGAAACAUUUUAGAGCGGUUGAAUGAUUUGAUUGUUUCUGCUGGGCCAACGAAAUCCCCAGUGUCAGCAUCCCGCCAACAUUCAUCGGCCAUUCAAUUUGCUGGGUCUCCAUCACUGACUGAGGAGGAUCAAUACCGCAUCUCCCUGUUGGCAUCCGCCUAUCGGGUUCCCGUAGUUCGCUUGAAAUGGUUCUGGCUUUCUCUUCAGCUCACUUGUUUGUGUCAUUUGGAAAACUUUUUAUAUGUCGCUGGUCCACCCAGACCGAGUUCUGUGUACAGACCCCAACUUCCACCUUUAGCAAGACCGGGAAGCAUUACGCCAGAAGCGGGUAGCCUGAGUCCUCCGGAGUCGCGCAGUAGUCCUCUCAGUUCACCAGUACCAAUGCUUACACCCCUACCGGAUAUUGAGGAGCGCAUGGAAGAAGGGGAGGAGACAAGUUUUUCCGGACCAACUGGCUCCCGAUCGUUGUCCGAGUCUGAUACUCGGGCACAUGAUGAGAAAGAAAAUGCACUUCCUAGUGAAUUCCACUCAUUGGACUCACCACAUACAGUCCUUGGGAGCUCACCACUGGCUCGAAGGGUUCUUUCGAAGGAGUUAUUCAGAAGUUCGCCCAAUAGAAGUCCCUUAUCCCAUCAUAUUGCAGACAAAAUCUCCUUCAUCACUUCUCCGCGUAAUCGCAACAGCCCUCGCGGCUUCACCAGCCCAUCGGCUGACGCAAGCCAACACAGUAGCGGUCGGCGUAGUUCUCAUCCGCGACGAAGUAAAGCAUCUUUGGGCGCCAUCAGUGGCUCGUCCAGUCAUGACGAUCUACUGACCCAGUUGGCUGAUCCUAUGACCUUUCCAAGCAACCGGGAACGUCGGCUUUGCCAGCUGGUUGUCGUUGGCCAUGGCAACGACACUAAACCUGUGUCUUCUAAUGGAGACGCACGACUCCCCAUGUCCGAACCGGGCUUGUUUUAUUCCCCAGCUAGCUUCAACUCCGGCCUCCUACUGAAUGCGACCAACGCGAGCGAAUGCAACGCCAACGGAAGCGUGUUGGUUCCCGAGCCACAAAGUCACGACUUCAUUUCGUCUGUCGGCUCAUUACGGAACAUGCUGAAUACUGAGGAUAUGGUAGCGGCAGAACCUAAUUGUGAGAUGACGAUGCCUACACAACUGAAGUCCCCAUUAGCUCAGCCUACUGGUGAGUCUGCACAGACUUCAACUCCUGCCAGCGGAAAGCGUAAAUCCUCAACGAGACUGAGCCUUCUGCAUUCUACCGCUCGCAAGUCACGUACUCCGGCCCCGGAAAUGUCAGCCACUUCCUCCAGCAACUCCAGUACUCCAGCAGGAGAUUCAUCUACAGGCCAAUCGGGAACUCCACUACGCGUACGGUUGGAGAAACGACAACAUCGUGUGUUUGAGUUUUUCGUGACCGAGCGCAACUACGUAGAGGUUUUGCGCUAUCUAUAUCGUGUUGCCUACUCGCAAGUGGUGAAUGAAGACCAGUCUGGUGGGGCUAUUCUUCCUCGCCAGGAGGCGGACUACAUUUUUGGGAAACUGGGGCCCAUAUACGAGUUGCACGAACGUUUGCAGCCGAAGUUGAGUCAGCUCGAAACGAACUGGUCCCUGGCGGAGAGUUGUCUUGGUGAUGUGUUGCGAAUGGAGCUUCUGGACGAAAUGGACAAGGCUUAUGGCAACUAUAUGCAAUUCUACAGUCCUCCGCACAUUCACCGACUUGGCGAACAGUUCCCCCGAUUCCUAGCCUUCCUCCGUCAAGUUGAGCGACGAAAGGAAUCUGGGCGACAGAGCUUGACUGCUCUGUUAGUGCGACCGGUCCAACGACUGCCAUCGAUUGCCUUACUUCUGGAUGGCAUAUCCAAAUUCACUCCUGGUUCUCACCCUGACAACGCGGGCGUUACUCAGUUCGCCAAAGGUCUGAAUGAAUUACUACUGAAAAUCAACGAGCGCCUUCGAAAGAACGAGGAACGUCUUUCAUUAUUAUCGCUCUAUCAUGAAAUCAGCGGGGCUCCGCCUGAAAUGUUGUCCUCCUCUCGCAGCCUUAUAUCCCGUCUGGACGUGUUCGAGUUAGGGACCAGUGCUUCAGGAAACACAACCUGCGAGCCCGUAACCCUUUUCCUUCUUACGGACAGUCUCGAGGUCGCACGACCACGGAAACGCCACACGGGUGAGCCAUUGGCUCACGCGAUCCGAGCGGCUCUGGCGGUUGUUCAUGGUGAGGGUGGUGAGGUGUGUACCGAUUCAACUAACCGAAACCUCAAUGUGACCCCUGGUGUCUGCCCAUCCACAAACGCCAGUCUGCAGUCAGAAAGCAAUGCCGCUGGAGUGACUGCUAGCGCGGGAUCCGAUCACACGGUGACUGUCACAAGAACUGGCUCGGGUGCUUCCGGUGCGAGUAUAGUGAACUUCGGGAUGGUGGAAGGCAAACAACGGUGUCAUUAUAAGCACCUACAGCUUUUGAAAUUGCAAGAAAUCAAACGUGUUGUCAGUUUUGAUACGGCCUCUCCAGAUCGCGCGGCUUUUGGCUUAGUUGUUCGUUCCAGCUCCGAAAUGGACGAUCGAGUCUAUGCCUAUUGCCUCGCCGCCAGUUUCGCCGCAACUACUGCUGUGGCCACUGGUCGAUGCCCAGAACCAGUGGAGUCCGCGGUCGCCGCUGCUGCCUCCGCGUCCUUAACAGGAACUCUGGUGCGAACAGAAAGCUUGGGAUGCACAACGCCUGCCUCGAGCAGCUCUCACGUCGCCACCUUGCAAGCCUGUGUCAGUGAAGCGAAGCGCAAGUUUCUCAACCAGCUGUGCCAUCACAUCAUCCAGGUGUCCUGUUUGGCCAACAGUCCUGAGGAAUUGCUAGUGGAUGUACAGCCGGAGGAGUUGCUAGGUUUCGAUCUAGAACAGGUAUUCAACGCCACGGCAGCAGCAAUGAAGUCAAAAAAGUUCGGUCGCCAGCUAACGCGGAACAUAUCGAUUAAGACGCCCCGACGACCGCUUGCUCCCGGUAAGCAGCAACGACCCACCGGCGGUAGUGUAUUGCAUACGCCCGGCAGUGUGCCACAGCAGAACCACAACACAGAUGAUGCAACGAGCCUGCAACAUUAUCCAAUAUCAAGUCCCCGGCGAUCCGUUCUCGGUAGUCUUCUUGGGCAACGGGGAGCCACUUUUACGGGAGAACAUGCCUCCUUGGUCACGGGUUCUUCACAUUUCGUGGAGGCCAGUACUCCGCUGCGAGACAAGCGUCAGUGCAGUACACUUCGACCUCCUUCGACACCGACCGCCGAGCAGGUCACUAUGACCAUGCUGAACAUGAUGCGGAUCGCUCGUAGUACGGUCCAACACUCUCGCAAGGAAUUGACUCAUACAGGAAGCAUAUCAUUGUUUGAUGAUGAUGAUGACGACGAGGAAUGCACAGGCGAUUAUCCUGAUGACGACUGCGCCUCUGUCGCUUCCGGUAACCUAGGGGGUACCUUUUGGCCCAUUUAUACCAAACAUACUGGCGGUGCGACUCGGGCAGAAGCUGCACUCUCAUCAACUUCCUCACUUCGGUCACACACAAUUGAUCUAAGCUCAGUUGCGAGCGCAAUGGAUAGCGUGAGCUCCCUCAGAACAGUGUGCACCACUUCUCAGCCACAAUCGCAUCGAAAUUCUCUCUCUCGCAGAGGCCCACUCGGUCGACCUUCUGUCCUCCUCUCCGACUAUGAUUUUCGCGGUCAACGGAAAAGUGUAUGUCAAACUGUUCUGGCAGGAUUAAAGAACUUCCGACGUUCCAUCGCAGGGGCUGGUAGUGCUCUGCUUCACGGAAAUAGUACUAGCUCUUUUACCUCCUCUCUCGCCAGGCACGGACACCGUGGUCCCAAUCGGGCUGGAGCCUCAUCACUCGCCUCACCAGGUAUACUCAACCGCAGUGCCAGUGUUGACGCUAGUAUUUGCAACACAGUGCUUGCCUCUCCUUCGACACUGGCGUCCACUGGUGACCUUUGCAUGUCUGGUCUAAGUUUGAACCGACCAGCACCUCUGGCGGAAACGGAGCUAGAACGCGAAAUUGAGCCCUCGACAACGACAGCCUCACCGUUUCCACCUGCUCGCGGUCUGCUGACCUCAUCUGCAGCUGCAACUGCGAACCAGUAUCAGUCGCCUCGUCUCGAAGAACCCCGUCUGUUUGUGCGCAGUGCCACUUCGACUGCAGUCAAUUCUCAUGGACAGCUCAUGAUGACUCCAAGUGGGUCAUUCCGAAAUAUCCCCAGCGUUGCCUUACACAACCAAUCAAAUACUCAGCUGCCUCUUUUCAGCCGAAAGGCUCCAGAACUCGAUACUGUCACUUUAGACGAAGUGUGCAUGGCUGAACUGGACACCUCUCCAUGUAAACGUCUUGGUGGUUCAAUGGUCAGUCUGGCAAGCUGGAACAGCGUGUCAACCUUGGAUUGUCCUCAGUCAUCGGACAACCGUUUCCACAGGCUUCAGGCGAAUGACGGGAGCUCGGCUGUUUGUGAAACAGUCAGCCACAUAGGUGUGACCACCAGGGAAGACCUUCGUCGUUCAUUUCGUAUCCCCACGGCGGUCCGACACUUGGGUAGCUCACACGGAGGUGCUUCGAGGAGAGAAGGACAGAAAAAACAAAAGAAACAUAAGAUGAGCAGCAUUGGUCAUCUGUUUCAACGCCCAUCGGUGAUUGCAAAGCCCGUCGGCGCUACAGUGGUUCCAACCAGCACUUCCAAUCAGUGCCCUGCUACCAAGGUGAACCCAUCGCGUCGUGAAAGUCUUCUUCGAGGCAUAUUUUCACGUUGAAACUCCAUCCAAUCCGGACUGCAUCAUUUUAUCUCGCUUCGGCACAUGAUUCUACUACAUUCAUACUGAUCUGAUAACAUUUUGAUGGUCGAAAUCCGCAAUGCACACUGUGACUGUUUUAUAUUGCUGUUGAAUAUCUUUCGUCUUCUGCGACAUUCGCUAU